GGGUUAAGGUUUCAAAAUAGUGUUACAAAUGAUGGUUUCAAAUCAGAGGUAGGGCUUGUAAUAAUUGCACGUUUGACGUCACAUCCAGUGUCAGGAAGCGGACACCACAUUCACGUGACUUGCGGUCAGCCAGCGAGAGCGCGUGAAGGGGGGCUGGGGUGGGCGGGCCCUUGCUCGUCCGGACCAAUCAGAUCGCAGCGUCGCUUCGCCUCGCAGCAGCUUCACUUUGGAGGAGGAAAAAAAGGCCGCAGAGGGGACGAAUAACGGUACCAACCCUCGAGCUGGAUUUCGGCUUUUCCCCCGCUCUCCUACCGAAUGCCCCGGGAGACAUUUCAUGGCGUCGCCGUGCUGCUGAGGAGCGUCCUACUUGCACCGUGGAAGUAAAAAAAUGGCCUGGAUGUGGAAGAGGAAGUCAGUGAUCGCCACCGGACUGGUGGUGGCGGUGUCGCUCUUCUUGGUGGCCGUCCACCUGGCCGAGAAGCCUUACUUCCCGUGGCAGCCUGCGUUCGGCGAGGCGUUCGGCGGCCACUGGGUGGCGUCCAAGCAGACCUACCAGGCCUUCAAGCCCCACCCGGGCUACGUCAGCAUCCCCAAACAGGAACCCCUGAAGCUGAAGUGUGAGCUGUGCAGUGUGGUGUCCAGCUCGGGCCAGAUGCUGGGCCAGGCGGCGGGGACGCUCAUCGAUAGCUCGCCGUGCAUCUGGCGCAUGAACAACGCGCCCACGCGGGGGUUCGAGCGCGACGUGGGCCGCCGCACCACGCUUCGGGUGGUGUCGCACACCAGCGUGCCGCUGCUGCUGCAGAGGCCUCAGCACUUCUUCGGCCAAAACAACGACACGGUGUACGUGGUGUGGGGACCGCUGCGCAACAUGCGCACCGACGGCAAGGGCGUGGUGUACAACAUGCUGCGACAGGCGGCCGACAGCUACCCGCAUGCGCGCAUCUACGCCACCACAGAGGACAGGAUGAACUACUGCGACAUGGCCUUCAAGAAAGAGACAGGCAAGGACAGGAUCCAGUCAGGGUCGUACCUCAGCACCGGCUGGUUCACGCUCAUCCUCGCCAUGGACAUGUGCAAAGAGAUCCACGUCUAUGGCAUGAUCAACGACACCUACUGCAAGACCGAAGGCUACCGCAAAGUCCCCUACCACUACUACGAGGCCGGCAGCCGGGACGAGUGCGCCGAGUACCUCCUGCACGAGAGCGCCCCCUAUGGAGGGCACCGCUUCGUCACAGAGAAGACGGUGUUCGCCAAAUGGUCGAAAAACCACGCCAUCAAGUUCUUCAACCCGCCCUGGCAGCUGUCGUGAUGCUCGAAAACGCUCGUUCCAAACAUCAUCCAUCAGGUUUUUGCUUGUUUGGCGGACACCGGACGCUUUUUGGCAUUCACAUCAUGGAGCAGCAGUCCAGCCAAGACUCACUUUUUCUUUAAUACCGAAGGAAGAAACUGUUAGCUGGAGAUGCAGAUGUCAUUGCGAGCUAUGGCGACUCUUGGUCACGUUAGGCGCGAUCUAGGGACCUUAGAAUCGAGUGUCUGCGUGGACCGAGCCACAACUGAAGGCAGAGACAUUGACACUGCAAACCCUCAUGAAGCCUUCACUGAAGUCAAAACUGAUGGAAGAAGGUGUCCCUUAGACGGGUUAGCCGGCAUUUUUUUGUAGAUGUCACAGCGAAUUUAACCGAAGACGCGUCCUGGUCAAAGGCAGGCGUGGGAGUCGGAUGUCCGGCACGACUUACCCGCAACCGAAGGCAGAUGCUCCGUCAUUUCCUGUGUAAACCCUCAUGACGCCUUCGCGGGUGUCAUCAGUUUUGAUUUUUUUUCAGUGGCGCAAGUUAGCUCCGUGUGUUUACUUGUUAAUUUAUUCAGCAGAGAUCCGUGCAGUUGGACUUGGACAUGGUCACACUCCAUAAAGUUGUGGCUCCCCUUCCUUCCUCUUCUUGUUUUUCUUCUUCAUGUCAAGCCUCGCGUCAUGUCGCCCACCUUCUUGUCAUGCCAGUUCCCCCAGGUGUUUGUGCUCAGGAUGGUGAUUCAUGAGGCGUCACAUUUCAUUUAUCCUUCAGGCUUGUCCUUCAUCGGCUUUACUGUAGCACAGUGAGACGACUUACAACCUCCCGAUGCUUUUAUUUCUAUUUAUCGAGUAUUUUUUUAAACCACCGUAUUUCCUCAAAUAGUGGCCGUCCCUCUAAUAGACGCCCAGUCACCGGCUGCAUCUAAACACCUUAGUGACGAUUAGUGUUCCGCUCGACUCCGGUUGUGUGGUUACUUCACAAUGUGUAUGUUACAGGGCUACUUACACUUCCUCAAAUUAUUCUUAUUAUUUUUUUGCAUAGUUUCUCCACUUUAAUGUUUCAAAUCAUCACACUAAUAUAAAAAUCGAACAAAGAAAACCUAAUUAAAGAUAAAAUACAGUUUUUAAAUGGUGAUUUUAUUUAUUGAGGGGAAAAAAAAUAUUUAAAUCUACCUCUCCCUGUGUGAAAAAGUAAUUGCGUGAGUCCAUGUUUAUGUUCCGGGGUCAUUUAUUUCACCCGGUCUCUUGUUCUUAAUACACAAUUUUACCGUAUACGAAGACGGUUGUCGAUUAGGAUUCCAUUUGACUGACGGUUUGUGCUCGCUCCGUGAUGUUGUCUGGAAGCUAAACCACUACGGCUACAGCACAUUUGUUGUCCACGUUUUUCUACAGCCGUCCUUUUUAUUUUGCUUUAGACUGCACUUUCACUCAGAAUUGUAACAUACCGGUUUCGCCUUCCCCAAACUGCAGUGGAGUAAAUAACUUGGCCACUCUUUGCGGAAAUACGCCCGUUUAGCAGGAACCAAAGUAGCAGGCGCCUGUUUAGCUAGCUAGCGUGCAUGGUAACCACAUUCAUGCUGUAGCUUCAGAACAUGCUAGUGGGUCAGUCCGGACCCAGGCCUCCUUUUCACGUGUUCUUUGCAUGUAGCAAAUCCCAGCCGCGUUUAGGUCUACAAACGUACAAAUCAGACCUUGACUUUAGCCUCUUUCAAGGAGAGAUCUCGCUAAAGACCUGAUGUUUAUCAGCCUUUGCCUUUAACACAGAACCCAGUGAAAGAUAUUGCCGUAGUAGCAACACUGGUGAGAGGGGCGUGGGGGGGGGGGUCACGGGUUCGAGUCCUUCUGGCAAUGCCUCGGGUCACUGUCAACGGUGACAGACAGCAAGGCAUUUAUUUACCACUUUUUUUUCUUUUUUUUUUUUUUAUUCUAGUGAGGGCUUUGAUGAUGUAAUUGUGCUUGUUUACCUCAAAGGCAGACGCACGCACGGACACGCACUGUGCUUUUGCAGUCACCCGGCAGCUCUCAGAUCAGUUUACAUGCGAUUGACUUCAUUUUCGGGGCGUCGCCGCUACCCUUUUCUUCAGCGUUUUCAGUUUGCUGUUGUUUUGCACCUCAUUGAUGGAAGGCUCUUACUGGCCCCUCCGUUAGGUACACCUGCAACAAUGUGAUUAAAUCCAAUACAAACGAAAUCUGCUUUUACAUAGGUAAAGAUGAUGUAUUCAUUGAAAAGUAUGUUUAUUAAUAUUGUGUUUUUUGCACUGCAUCAUACUAAGAGUUUUUUAUAUUUUAAAAGAAAAAACAUAACUCAAAUUCUUGUGACCUUUAUCCUUUUUUGUUUCACAUCAAGUGUCCUUGUAAACGUGUGUGUGUUUGUGUGUGUGAUAUUGAAUGUAACACAUCACUUAAGUAUUAACAUUUUAUUUACUGGUGCAAGAUUAGCAUCAAAAUGAUACAUUUUGUUUAUUAAUCAGAAAAAAACUCCACUUUCAUUUUCGUUUGCUUCAUAAAUGCUAGUGGCAUAUUGUGAAUGUUUGAUUUCUUUUUCAAUUGAACAAGAAUGUAUUUUGUUGUUGUUGUUGUUUUUGGCAUUAAAAGAACCUAAAAGCACUCAAUUUCA